AUGGAUAAUGAAUACAAUCGAUAUUAUAUAAAAAUUCGAACUAUUUUGGGGAUAAAUCCAAAGACGAUUCACGAAGAACUUCCAACAGCUUUGGGAUCCAAGGCUCCAUCAUAUCCAACAGUUUCAGAAUGGGCAAAGUGUUUCCAUGAAGGAAAAGAAGAUGUCAAUGAUGAUCCUCGAUCUGGUCAUCCAGUAUCCAAGCUGACAGAUGAAAAUAUUGAACUAGUACGAGAGGUUAUCAACAAUGAUCCACAUUCAAGAUGGAAUAUUCAAAUUAUAUACACAAGUGCAUCAUCGCCGCCUUAA